GAUUCACAGGCUGAAGACAUAGACUGGGAGCCCAGGAGAAUGUGCAAGGGGACUGGGGGGCAAGAAGGAGCCGGGGACACCAUAAUGCACAGGAGCAGAGGAGGAUAAAGCCUCAUAGAUGGGGGAGGGGGUCUUAGAAGGCAGCAGCUGACAGGGUGACCCAUUUAGUGCAUUGCUCUCUGGCAUUACCACUUUGCUUCUAGUACUAGACCCACAUAAGGAAGCAAAUGAGUGUGCAAGGACUCAGGAUGGGAUAGGAUUACACGCAGCUCAGGCGGCAGUGACUGCACCCCAAUAUUCAGACUGCACCCCUAUCCCAAGACUUCGCCAUGGAGAUUAUGGACGAGGAUGCAUCCCAACAGGAAGAAAUGAUUCUUGGCCCCAGUUUCCCGCUGUACCCCACUCCAGCGGAUCUGGGGCCGGACGCUGGGAUGUACAUGGAGUUUAUGAUGAAGCACCGAUGCUACGACGCCAUCCCCACAAGCUGCAAGCUGGUCGUGUUUGACACGUCUCUACAGAUUAAGAAAGCCUUUUUGGCCCUGGUGGCGAACGGGGUGCGGGCGGCGCCUCUCUGGGACAGCAAGCAGCAUUGUUUUGUGGGAAUGCUGACCAUCACCGACUUCAUCAACAUCCUGCACAGAUACUACAAGGCCCCGCUGGUGCAGAUAUAUGAGCUGGAGGAGCAUAAGAUUGAGACGUGGAGAGAAGUUUACCUGCAGAGUUCCUUCAAGCCCCUGAUCUACAUCGCCCCCUGUGACAGUCUCUUCCAUGCUGUCUAUUCGCUCAUCAAGAACAAGAUUCACCGCUUACCAGUGAUGGAUCCAGCGUCUGGCAAUAUCCUCCACAUCCUCACCCACAAGCGCCUGCUGAAAUUCCUGCAUAUAUUUGGGAGAACCAUUGCCAGACCGUGCUUCCUGCAGAGGACCAUCUUGGAGUUGGGGAUCGGCACCUUCAGAGAUGUCGCCAUGAUUCACGACACUUCAUCCAUCUACAGCGCGCUGGAGAUCUUUGUGGAGAGGAGAGUGUCCGCGCUACCUGUAGUGAACGAGGCUGGACAGGUCGUAGGGCUAUAUUCUCGCUUUGACGUCAUACAUUUAGCAGCCCAGAAGGUGUAUAAUAACCUGGAUAUAACAGUGGGCGAAGCUUUGCGGCGGCGCUCCUUGUCUCUGGAAGGUGUUCUUAUGUGUUAUCCGCAUGAGACCCUGGAAGCUGUGAUUGACCGUAUAGUACGAGAACAGGUUCAUCGAUUUGUCCUGGUGGAUGAAGAACAUCGGCCCCGCGGGAUUGUGUCCCUGUCUGAUAUCCUUCAAGCCCUGGUUUUAUCCCCCGCAGGGGGCGCUGUUUCAUCCACCAAGGACGACUGGAUGCCUGAUCAUGUGAUGAGAGGACGACACGAGGAUGGCAGUCACCUUGAAGGACGCCUGGAGGAUAGCAGUCACCUUGAAGGACACAAGUUUUCUUCCAGAUGCAUUCAAGGAAUCCUGCAGUCUUGGCGUAGUCCUCCCCUGUAUGUCUCAUAUACAGUGUAUUGUAUUGUGUGGUCAUGAGAACUUUGGAGACUGGAGUGGGAAUCAUUCAGGAUUUAUUGCUGGAGACGUCCUCGGACCUGUGAGUGGGGCUCAUCGUCAUGUGCCAUAUGGAGAUACAUAUGUUUACACUGUUCACACGCAUACUUAUAUCUCAUUGUAUGUAGGAAAUGUGAAAUUCAGCUAAUAUUCUCUUCUCCAUACUGGUGGGUUGACACAUAUCUGUAGAUUUAAAUGACUUUUCUUUUCCAAUCCGUAGUUGCCAACAUUAAAAUUAUUUCCUAGAA